AUGCCAACACUCUCGUUUUCCGCACCGUCGAGGGCUCUCAUCAUUCUUUUAAUCGCCUUGUCAGUCUUUAGUUUGGACGUGUAUUCUCAUCCAGACAUUAGCCAUGAGCGGCAUCAGCAGCGUCUUCAAGAGGGCGCGGCUGAGGAGCACCGCCCCGUGGUUAUGGGCAGCCGUCCAGGCUACCAACUCUACUCGGCGGAGGAUCUCUCGGGCACUGAUUUCUCAACGAUUUGCCGGACAGCGCUUUCAGCCAUCAUCAUGUGCCGGGACUAUACAAGGAUCUUUACCACGCCCAAGUACUUUGGCACCCCUCUCUCGGGUGACGCAGGUGAUAUCUGCACGGAUGAAUGCAAAAGCUCUCUAGAGGCCUGGUAUCACGGCGUGAAGGAGCAUUGUGAAGACCAACGGUUUGACAACGGGCUACCGGCGUACCAUUAUGGCGGGUCCAUUUUAUAUGGGUACACGGAGACUUGCCUUCGGAAUGCUGCUGGGGAUUACUGUAACGAUGUGAUUGACGGCUUCGAUGGAGACGACCGCGCUGUCGGGGACAUGCCCAUUAUCGAACUCUGCGAUGAAUGCUUCAUUCUCAAGCUACAGACAAUGCAAAGCAGCUCAUACUCCGUCAUGUCUUGGUCGGAGUUCUACCAGGACCUCUGGGCUCGCGCCGUUGACGUCUGCAACAUCUCGGGUGCUUCCUGGGACGCUCCGGAUCCUGUGCUCCCUGGAGAAGAUCUUGGUCCUCCGUUUUGCCUCUCAAACAAUUAUUAUACCACGGUGCCAGGGGAUACUUGCGACACCAUCGCUCUCGCAAACAACGUUCCCUCGGCCGGGAUUGUGCUUGGGAAUCUUGGCCUCUUCGCUGAGAUGAACUGCACCCACCUCACGCCGGGCACUAAGAUAUGCCUCGGGAGCAUCAUUUGUCUCACUCCCCCAGGAGGAUUAUACGAGGAUCAGCCCGCUGACGGCCCUGACCACCUGGGUCACUCUGAUCGGCUUGUCUCGAGAGAAAGAGCACCUCUUCCCGACGGCGCCGUCCCCGCCGUCGGUACUUCUCUUGAUUGCUCUCUUGAUUGCGGCGGAUGGUCCAUGGCUGAGGAGUCCGACGACUGCACAUCCCUCAUCACCCGAAACAAUAUGGCCCUAGAUGACUUAUUGAAUCUAAACCCGAGCCUGGGUGUGAAUUUCGCCAGCCGUUCCGCGGGGUUCACUAUCAACGCGGCUUACUGUGUCCCAUGGUAUUUCCCGCCGAGACCGCCGCAAAGAGUUAGCCGACUCGGCUGCUGGCGAAACCUCGACGAGGGCUUCUAUCCUCUCUACCACAGAAGCUACACCGACGAAACGGACAUGGACGUGUUACAAUGCGUCAGGUUUUGUAGGUCGGAAGGAUUCCUGUAUUCCGGUAUUCUUGCCGGAAUUAAGUGCUUCUGCGGGGCGGAGAUCGACAUUAACUCUGAGCUGCUGGACAGCGCCGAAUGCAACGCAGCCUGUGUUGGCAAUGAGAACCAUCAGUGCGGCGGUAUGACAGACGCCAUCACGGUCUACGGCUUAACGGACACUCUCAAGUUCACGUGGGCACGCGUGGGCUGUUUCGAGACCUCGGCCGAAGACCCUACAUUAUCGGGAACUCUGACGACAAUUAUGUAUAACAGCCCCGCCGACUGCGCGAGGGCCUGCUUGAACGACCAUGGCUUCUUCGGCUUGCAUAACGGUGACAAGUGCAUCUGCGGCGACGAGAUCAACGAGAAGACUGCUCAGGUUGCUGACGAGUUGUGCGAUAUCAGGUGUGUGUUGGGCUCUACGUGCGGCGGCGCAGAGCAUAUGGAGGUUUAUGGUACCAAACUUGUGAGGCCGCAGCCUGAGAUAACGCACCCUCCGGCGCCGGAUUCUCUCGAUAUGACACUCCCUAAGUGGAUACCGUUUCCGACGGAGCCGGUGGAUCCUUCACGUCCUUGGUUCUGA